AUGCAUAAGGAGCAAAAGAUGGAAGAUCUGCUUCAGAAGUCCAAUGACUGGUGGGAACGGCAAGAAGCAGAGCGUCAAGCGGAGGCUGACGCAGCAUCACAUCCCAGGCCACACAAUGCAUUCGCCUCAAACUCUGCCAUGUCUGUCUCGGAGCAAUUUGAGGCAUAUCAGGGCAACUACUCGGACUCCAAUCCAUCGUACAUGUCGCUGUCAUCUGGAGGCAGCGAUAUGCUGCGCUCUGCCAGUCACGGCACGCCAGCUCAGUCAGCAGACCCUGCUUUGGUUCUGGAUCCGCGUCUUAGGCGAACUCAGCAGUUCCAACGGCGAAGUCUUUCUGGCCCUUUGAGCACUGGUGACCCUCAAGGCUAUUUGGCAGUCCCAUCAUUCAAUACUAACCUCGCCCCGCCUCAAUUUCACACGCAGAAGACUUCGAGGUCGCAUGCGGACUAUUCUGGGUAUCAGGAUGACUCGCAAGCCCCGACCGGUUUCGCAAACCCGACGGUCAACUACCACUUCACUUCUGCCCCGUCUUUAGACCCUUCCGCCUUUGCAGUGCGAGGGCGUUAUUCCAUCCCACGGGCUUUCGGGUAUGAGCAACCUCGCAAGGUGAAGAAGGCACGCACAGUCGCUGGUCCCGACAUCAGACUGAACCGAAUGGCAGAUUUUUUUGGUUCUCCCAAACAAGUCCAACCCGUCCCGAUAGAUGAUUUUGGGGCGAGCCAAGAUGCCGAUCUGGGAUAUGUGGGAAGCAAUCCAGCUGCUGACAACGUACCGGCACCCUCGCCCAAGCAAGCCAGCAUCGCGCGAGCCUUGGAGGACUCGCCAAAGUCGAAGCUCCACAAACGCCUAGAGGAUGACAUCAAUUCUUUUUUAGUCGAGCACAACGCCAAGGCAGGCAACCAACCGCUAUCGGAAGAAGAGUUGUAUAAGAGUUUUCGGCUUUCGCUCGGAAGCAGCGACACCUUGACCAGUUGCGAUGCUUCACAUGCCGGCCCGCUACCGGGACCUGCUGACGUCCAGACAGGUCCCGGGAAGUAUUGCCCUGCAUUGAAGGAGACUUACUUCGUUUGUUCCAUCUGCAAGAAGCCCAAGAAGAGACAAAGUGAUCUCAACAAGCACAUGCAUCGCCAUUCGAAGCCCUACGGGUGCGUGUUCGACGGGUGCGAUAAGACCUUUGGCAGUAAGAAUGACUGGAAGAGGCAUGAACAAUCACAACACGAGCAGCAGGAGUGCUGGCGUUGCCAUCUGUGCUUUGAAAUCUUCUUUCAUGACCAAAGCUACUACAUUCAGCACAUGACCAACGUCCACUCCACUCAACGACCUGAGGAGAGUGCCAGACAAUAUCGCAUCGCUCGGAAUCACCAGGGACGAUUCUGGUGCGGAUUCUGCUGUCAGAUCAUUACACACCAGAAGACGGAUGUUGAAGCCAUCAACCUUAGGUUCCAGCACAUUGCCGAACAUUUCACCAAGGGCAACAAGUCUAGCAAGGACUGGGUGGAAUUGGGCAGCAAGGGAAAGACGAAGCAGCAAAAUCGAGAACAACAAAGCCAAACGGCCACCGAAGGUGGAGAGGACGUUGUGGCCAUGUCUCAAGAUACUUCGAUGAGCACGCCGACCCCAACCCCAUCGCACAACGACUCCUGUCCGAUGCAACGCGACGUGUCACACCAGUCCUCAGAUUCUGAAGGACUCCCCGGCUCCACUUCAAUGAUGCAAGACCUGCCAUUGAUGAUGGGACCUCAGGCUCAUACGGGGUCACUGCAACGUCAAACCCACUCUGUUACUGAGGACGCUGGACCUCAACCACGACGAGCCGCCCAACAACGCCGCACAAAGUAUGUCUUCUGCUGUCACUGCGGCGAAACGGCGAAUUCUAGCCUCUCGGAUUCGUGCAUGCCUCCUUGCAACCAUCGCUUCUGCCCUGCCUGCUCCCAUGAGGAGUGGAUGGACGAUGAGGUAUGA